AUGGGUGGGAAGAAAGCAGAUGCCCUUGAGGAGUUCUGCCAAUCACUAGGCCACUCUUACCUAAGGUAAAUUAGAAAAAUAGAGCUGUCUGAUAUCUCUCUCUCUACAUGCAUCCAUGCAUGUACAGUGGGGAGAACAAGUAUUUGAUACACUGCUGAUUUUGCAGGUUUUCCUACUUACAAAGCAUGUAGAGGUCUGUAAUUUUUAUCAUAGGUACACUUCAACUGUGAGAGAUGGAAUCUAAAACAAAAAUCCAGAAAAUCACAUUGUAUGAUUUUAAAGUAAUUAAUUUGCAUUUUAUUGCAUGACAUAAGUAUUUGAUCACCUACCAACCAGUAAGAAUUCCGGCUCUCACAGACCUGUUAGUUUUUCUUUAAGAAGCCCUCCUGUUCCCUACUCAUUACCUGUAUUAACUGCACCUGUUUGAACUCGUUACCUGUAUAAAAGACACCUGUCCACACACUCAAUCAAACAGACUCCAACCUCUCCACAAUGGCCAAGACCAGAGAGCUGUGUAAGGACAUCAGGGAUAAAAUUGUAGACCUGCACAAGGCUGGGAUGGGCUACAGGACAAUAGGCAAGCAGCUUGGUGAGAAGGCAACAACUGUUGGCGCAAUUAUUAGAAAAUGGAAGAAGUUCAAGAUGAUGGUCAAUCAUCCUCGGUCUGGGGCUCCAUGCAAGAUCUCACCUCGUGGGGGAAGGUGUGGGAUCAGCCCAGAACUACACGGCAGGACCUGGUCAAUGACCUGAAGAGAGCUGGGACCACAGUCUCAAAGAAAACCAUUAGUAAGGUCCCCCUGCUCAAGCCAGCGCAUGUCCAGGCCCGUCUGAAAAAAGUUUACCAAUGACCAUCUGGAUGAUCCAGAGGAGGAAUGGGAGAAGGUCAUGUGUUCUGAUGAGACAAAAAUAGAGCUUUUUGGUCUAAACUCCACUCGCCGUAUUUGGAGGAAGAAGAAGGAUGAGUACAACCCCAAGAACACCAUCCCAACCGUGAAGCAUGGAGGUGGAAACAUCAUUCUUUGGGGAUGCUUUUCUGCAAAGGGGACAGGACGACUGCACCGUAUUGAGGGGAGGAUGGAUGGGGCCAUGUAUCGUGAGAUCUUGGCCAACAACCUCCUUCCCUCAGUAAGAGCAUUGAAGAUGGAUCGUGGCUGGGUCUUCCAGCAUGACAACGACCUGAAACACACAGCCAGGGCAACUAAGGAGUGGCUCCGUAAGAAGCAUCUCAAGGUCCUGGAGUGGCCUAGCCAGUCUCCAGACCUGAACCCAAUAGAAAAUCUUUGGAGGGAGCUGAAAGUCUGUAUUUCCCAGCCCCGAAACCUGAAGGAUCUGGAGAAGGUCUGUAUGGAGGAGUGGGCCAAAAUCCCUGCUGCAGUGUGUGCAAACCUGGUCAAGACCUACAGGAGACGUAUGAUCUCUGUAAUUGCAAACAAAGGUUUCUGUACCAAAAAUUUAGUUCUGCUUUUCUGAUGUAUCAAAUACUUAUGUCAUGCAAUAAAAUGCAAAUUAAUUACUUAAAAAUCAUACAAUGUGAUUUUCUGGAUUUUUGUUUGUAAGUAGGAAAACCUGCAAAAUCGGCAGUGUAUCAAAUACUUGUUCUCCCCACUGUAUGUAUGUCAUUCCUUGAAUUGGUCAGGAAUUGUUGCCAAUGUUUUUUGCCUGCAUUGCUCUCAUUGAGUUAUAGGCUGCCAUCAUGACGAUGUAGGCUAUCUGGUCUUUCCCAGGUUUGACUAUACAGGCUGUGGGUCAUCUGAAGGUGAAAUGGUAGACGGCACUGUCGGCACUUGGAAGAAGGAUGUUCUAUAUGUAUUGGAUGAGCUUGUGGAGGGGCCACAAGUAAGGCGCUCCUCUCUGAUUCUAUGAUGAGAAGAAUUCUAAUCAGCCAGUGUAAUACAAAGUAUUAAUACCUGAAGUAGACCUGCACACUCAUGUAUAAUAGUGUAUAUGUAAAACUGUUACAGAUUGCAGUGUGAAUUGACCACUGAGUUAAUAAUAAACCCAGCCCUGAUGGCCAUGUGGAGGAUAUUAGGGUUAUUAUAGCUCUACUUGGCCUGCACUUGUACAAUAAGCCUUUGAUUCCUCCAGCAUGCAUCAUUUACACUAGGGAUAUCAGUUCUAUCAUUAGAGGGUCAUUUCUGAUCUAGAUAAUUCUUCUGAUGUUGCAGAUUCUGGUUGGCUCCAGUAUGGGCGGCUGGCUGAUGUGCCUGGCAGCCAUAGCUCGUCCAGAAAGAACUGCAGCCAUGGUUGGCAUCUCUACAGCAGCUGACCACUUUGUAACUGUCUUCAAUACACUUCCUAUUGAGGUGAGUCAGCAUUCAGAGUAAGCCAUCUUGAGUUGUCAAUAACCUUAAAGGGCUCUACAGACCAAUGCAUUUUUCCCCUCAUGACAGACACUUGAUUAAAUGGGGCAUAUCAAUAAACCGAAGGUGGGUUCAAAGCAAAGGGAACAAAAAAUCCUUAAUUCUGAAAUCCAUGCAGUUAGUCUUGAAAUCGCAAUAACAAAAUUCAGAUGGCAUUAUAGUAAAAACGUAUUUCCUGAGGACAUUUUCGAAUGGUUGCCAUCUUAGACAAUGUCUCCACCCCUAAAAUCUAAUUUAAGCAUUUUGUCUAAAUACCACCUGCCUGUCAUUCUAGGCAAGAAAGGAGAUUGAAGAGAAGGGGCAGUGGGUGGUUCCUACCAAACACAACGAGGAGGGCUCCAUCACGUUCACCACAGAGUUCCUGAAGGAGGCAGAGCAGCACUGCAUUCUGCAGAGCCCCAUUCCAGUGACCUGCCCUGUGAGGCUCAUCCAUGGGAUGAAGGACCAGGAUGUGCCCUGGCACAUCUCCAUGCAGGUAGCUGAGCGUGUGCUUAGCAAUGACGUUGACGUAAUCUUGCGCAAGCAUGGCCAGCACCGCAUGGUAGAAAAGGAAGACAUCAAGCUCAUAGUUUACACCAUCGAUGACCUAAUAGACAAGCUGACCACUUUGGUUUGA